CAUAGCCCAACCCUUGAAAAAAAUGAGGUAUGUCUGGAUAUUUUUGUCUAUAUAGCAAAAGCUUUGUGAUCUAUCCAACAAUGAGGUUGGGCUUUGUCAUUGAGCCAUCUGUCUCAAGUGUUCUUUUGUAACUCCUUGCUGAUGUGCUGAAAGCACAAUGCAUAAAAAAAACUGGUUUGUGGUUGCAGAUUUUUAAAAAUACUGGCUUAAGUAAAAAUGUGUGUUGUGGUGGAAACAUGUCUCGUAUCAUUGUGAGCAUGUAAGCAUGAUAACAAUAGUAUGUGCAUUUACAAUACGCUGCUGUGCCGAAGAGCAUCCCUCACAGAGCCGCUAGCAUGGCUGUAGAUUCUUAGUCUUGCAAUGUUGUGCAUGUGUCCUUGAGAGCUUAACCCAGUUUUAUCUACUGUAGAUGAUUCAUUGUUUUAGUUUUAGUUUAAGACUUGCUUAUUGUAUGUUUGGUUACCCUACAGGUCUCAGGAACUUUUCAAAUGGUUGAGGUGGGUCACAAUCACAAAUGAAAAUGGUUUGAAACCCCCUUCUGUUAAGUGUAAUUGUAGCUUUCUUAUAGUUUCUUAUAGCGCUAGCAUUUUCUUUUCUAUAUUUUACAAAGCAAGGUGCUACCACAGUAGUGAGUUUGACAUUUUGAGAAUAUGCACAAAUUAAAUUCAGGAGUUAAAUAAGAAGAUCAACACUCAUCUCAGAUGCUGGUAGAUAAAUUUUAUUUUCUAUAUUUAUUUAGUUUUUAGGUUUGGACUGAGUGAGGCUAGUUGUUUCACCCUGUUUCAAGUUUCUCUACUGGAUUCAAUUUAAUGUCUCCUCACUCUUGCUUUUUAGUUAACAGACAGAUAUGAGGGUGGCAUCUUUUCAUCUAACUCUGCAAGAAAACAAGAGGCUGUCUCAAAAUGUCAAACUAUUCCUUGAAUUAGAUCACUUGUCUAUUAUUCAUGUAUUUGCUGUAGAGCAUUGCUUGGCCUGCUGCAUUGGGUGAGCUCAAUAGCAGUGCUUUGCUUUAACUUCUGGAUAUGGGCAUUACAGUGGGGUUCAAGGCUGGGUAAGAGGCCCUGUGUCCCCCCUCCCCACUUCUAGGCGUGUUGGGUACCUAAACCGGAGAACAACUGUGAAGACAUGCGGCCAUUUCAACGCCGCUGGGCCUUUAAUCCUACCUCUGGCUUAUGUGAGGACUUCCUCUACUGCACUGGAAAUGGCAGCAACAACUUCCCUUCCUUUAAAGCCUGCAGGGACCAGUGCAUGUUGGGUGCAUGCUGUCUCCGCAUACCACGGCGGGGUCUUUCCACUGGUCAACAGCAUUACACUCGACAUGGAUACAACACCUCCACUGUGAACAGAACUCUUUUGGGAUAUAAGCUGCAUAAUUUGGAGGCUGAAAUAUGGUAUGACAAUAUAGACUUCAAUGAUACUACACUGGAAGAUCUUAAAAGAAACCAUAGGAUGGUAGACUGCCCCAGGGAUCCCGAUUUCACUUUUACCUGUGAUUACCUUACUCUAACACAGUGCCAGACUUUGAUGAAAGGUCAAGUUGAAGAAGCACAAGUAAUUAGCUUCUCUCCCGGAGUGAAGUGCUCUGAUGUGAGAUGCAGUAGAGGUUGCGGAUGCUUCUUUCAACACAGGUUCUGGAGAUAUGGGGAAAAGUUCAGGCAAGGCUGUGAAGAGUGCACAUGCACAGGCAGUGGGAGAGUUGACUGUGUGUGCAGACACCUGACCCAACGUAAAGAGAUCAGAGACCUUACCCUGAGAGAGAGGAGGUUGUACCAGCGGGCUAUUAGGAAACUCUACACCAGGCAAGCUAUGUGGAAGGGCUUUGCGCUACUGAGAGCGGAGUUCUCCCCACUGGCCGGUGAUCAUGCCUUCUUCCUCCCCUGGCACCGCUACUUUCUGCGAUUAGUGGAGCGUGAGCUGCAGUCAAUGUCGUCAUGUAAACUGGCACUCCCAUAUUUUGAGUGGACUGUGGACUCUGGGACAAUGAAGUCCUCAGCUGCCUGGCAGGCUGGAUUGUUUGGAGGGGAUGGUGAGCCUGGCACUGGCUGCGUCCCACAUCACCCUUUUCAGGGCUUGACAUCUCGUCUCCACUGGACUCCUUGUCUCAGACGGAGCUUCAACUCCUCGGUGUGGCUGCCAGAUGCAGUGACCCUGCAGAGGACUUUAAACCAGGCAGACUUCCAAAUGUUCUCCCAGUCUUUGCAGAUGUUUUCUGGUCUCUUUAGGCUUUGGGUAGGGGGUCAUAUGGCUUCACCUCUGGCAUCUUAUGACCCUUUAUAUCUUUCACACAUGGCAUUCAUGGACAAGUUGUGGGUACAGUGGCAAGAGAAACAUCAGCAUGGAUCAAAAAGAAAAACUCUUAUAGACGGUCUAGCUCAGAGCAGCAUCCUUUACCCUGCUAAACAGAGGCGUGUGUGGAUGAAGCCUUUUGAUGUUACCCCUGAUGAUGUGAUUUCUUCCCAACAGCAGAUGUGUAUUGUAUAUGUGCCUAUAACUAUUGGUGCACCCUGUAAUAUUACAUCAUUUCAAAGACGCUCACAAGGAAGUCAGAAAUAUCAAUACCGUGGCUUUGACAAACACACUUCUAAUGAAAAUAGCUUUGUCUUUGGUGGCUUUGAUCAACAUGGAUAUGAUCGUGAUGGCUAUGAUAAGAGCGGCUGGGACAGGUGGGGCUACGGCAAAGAUGGUUUUAACCGGGACUUCAUUGAUAGGGAUGAAUAUGAUGUAUCUGGUUUCAACCGCUAUGGUUUUAACCGUUCUAAUGUCACAUGGUUUGGGAUGCAUAGAGAUGAGGUAUUUGAGACAGAGAAGAAGAAGGAAUAUGAACAGAACGAUGAGAAUGAAAAGAAUGAUAAUAAGACACACAGAGACAAAAUAAUGUCUGAGUUCUUCAGUGACAAAGGCUACAGUAUCUAUGGCUUUAAUCCAUUUGGUUUGGAUCGUGGUGGGUUUGAUGUAUUUGGCUUUCGAACAGAUGGUUAUGACCAGGACAGGUGCAACUGGUUCUUCAGUGGGCCACAUUAUCUGCGGAUCUACUUUCACACGCAGCAACAGCUGAUGUCAUCCAGUGACCGAGCUCUAAGCCGUAUCACCCGAACAUGCCCCCCAAUCACCCCUCUUCCCCAGCACUUGGCUGUACAGGACUGGAUGACUUUUGAUACAGACAAAAGCAGUUCACUGAGUAGUCAACUACAGAAGGAAUGGAUGGGACAAGUUAAACCAGAGAGUGAUGAUACUAAUACGGCAGCUACUGAAAAUAGGAGCAACAUAUGGGUUCCACUCACACCGGAUCACAGGUAUCAGCAUCACACAAUUUCCUGAUAGAUUCUCAU